CCUCCCCCUCCUGCUGCUCCUCAGAUCUGACCUUCCUCCUUCCCGCAGCCCGGGAGAGAUCUGGGAGAGACGCGGUGGCGGCGUCUGCGCCAGCCUUCUCCUCCCCCGGGAAGUCUAAGGGCUUGAGGCCGGGCCCGAGACGCCCCGCUUCGGCCCGUGGCGCCGCCGAUGGUGCCUGGCGCUCCUGCCCACAGUGCAUGAGCAGCUGAGCCCACUGACCGCCACGCCACGCCUGUCCAUCUCCCCACGGCCACACUAUGUCCGGCUCCUACGAUGAGGCAUCGCUGGCUGCGGAGGAGACCACUGACAGCUUCUGGGAGGUGGGGAACUACAAGCGGACGGUGAAGCGCAUCGAUGACGGACACCGCCUGUGCAAUGACCUGAUGAACUGCGUGCAGGAGCGCGCCAAAAUCGAGAAGGCGUACGCGCAGCAGCUCACCGACUGGGCCAAGCGCUGGCGCCAGCUCAUCGAGAAAGGCCCACAGUAUGGCAGCCUGGAGCGGGCCUGGGGUGCCAUGAUGACGGAGGCAGACAAGGUGAGCGAGUUGCACCAGGAGAUGAAGAACAACCUGCUGAAUGAGGAUCUGGAGAAGGUCAAGAACUGGCAGAAGGACGCUUAUCACAAGCAGAUCAUGGGCAGCUUCAAGGAGACCAAAGAGGCUGAAGAUGGCUUCCGCAAAGCUCAGAAGCCCUGGGCCAAGAAGAUGAAGGAGUUGGAGGCAGCCAAGAAGGCCUACCAUCUGGCCUGCAAAGAGGAGAAGCUGGCCAUGACACGGGAGAUGAAUAGCAAGACAGAGCAGUCGGUCACGCCUGAGCAGCAGAAGAAGCUGCAGGACAAAGUAGAUAAGUGCAAGCAGGAUGUGCAGAAGACACAGGAGAAGUACGAGAAGGUGCUGGAAGAUGUGGGCAAGACCACACCCCAGUACAUGGAAGGUAUGGAGCAGGUGUUUGAACAGUGCCAGCAAUUUGAGGAAAAGCGGCUGGUCUUCCUCAAGGAGGUGCUGCUGGACAUCAAACGUCACCUCAACCUAGCUGAGAAUAGCAGCUAUAUCCACGUGUACCGUGAGCUGGAGCAGGCCAUUCGGGGGGCUGAUGCCCAGGAGGACCUCAGAUGGUUCCGUGGCACCAGUGGCCCUGGUAUGCCCAUGAACUGGCCCCAGUUUGAGGAGUGGAACCCAGAUCUCCCUCACACCACUGCCAAAAAGGAGAAACAGCCCAAGAAGGCAGAGGGGGCGACGCUGGCCAAUGCCACUGGGGCAGUGGAGUCUAUAUCCCAGGCUGGGGACCGUGGCAGCGUUAGCAGCUACGACAGGGGCCAGGCCUACGCCACCGAGUGGUCGGACGACGAGAGUGGGAACCCCUUUGGGGGCAGUGAGGCCAACGGGGGCGCCAACUCCUUUGAGGAUGACGCCAAGGGAGUGCGCGUGCGAGCGCUGUACGACUACGACGGCCAGGAGCAGGACGAGCUCAGCUUUAAGGCUGGAGAUGAGCUCACCAAAUUGGGCGAGGAGGAUGAGCAGGGCUGGUGCCGCGGACGGCUGGACAGCGGGCAGCUGGGCCUCUACCCUGCCAACUACGUGGAGGCCAUCUAGCUGCCCUGCUCCCCUCCACACGCCCCCUCACUCCUCGCCUACCGCCACCCUUUCCUUCCCACUCUCGUCUCCCUCCCCUGCCAUAGAGUUCCAGACAUAUUUUCCGAUCAAGCUUUUAUUUUUUUAAAAGUUAAAACAGA